AGUUUUCUGAAAAACCGAAAACUAAGGUUUUUUCGUCAUCACAACAACGAUUUAAAUAUGUGCAAACGUUUGUAUUGGAUACAGAAACUUGGUUGACCACAUAUUUAACAAAAGAUUGUCUAAGGAUCAUAGAGGAAUGCGUGAAAACUGAGGUGCCAAUGUUUGAAAAUAAGGAUGACGUUGAAAAAUUUUUAAAAAAAUUCAAGCAGAAUUUUGAGAAUUUUGAUCCGCCACUACCAAUCAUUUCUCUAAUCAUGUCUCGCAUGUUAUUAGAUUUCGGCGAAAUUAUCGUUACACAAGUUUACACAUCCUUUUCUGAUAGACUAUAUACUCCCCGAGAUAAUAAAAAUAAAUUUUCGAUUGAUAUAUAUGGUGGUUAUGGAGAACGUCACGCUAUCUCUAAAGAGCUGACACAAGAUGUUAGAGAAAUUGUUGGUGCAUGUAAAGAUAUUGCCCAGAGAAUUUUGGAACGAUAUGUGGAGAUUAUUGGGAAUCGAAUUUCUAUGGGCAUUCGCAGCCUUUAUACAAUGAAAUCAAUCUCUACAAAUUUAGCUGAUGUGUCAUCACAACCCAAAGAAUUGGUACUUAUUGAGAAAGAAGUCGUGAUGCUUUAUGGGACUGAGGAGGAAAAUAAUCUAGAUGAUCAAGACAAUAAUUCUUUACCAUCCACUGAACAGAAUUCGGCAGUAAAUCAAGACAACUCAGAUACCGUACGAGCUCCUUAUGCUCAUUCAAAUUCUUCCUAUUCAUCCAUAAAUUCAAAUCGCCAAAAACAUCAAACCCAUAAAUUAUUUUCUGAUAGAAUUGAGAUUUUUGGAAUUGUUGAAGUUGGAAAGCCAG